AUGGUCAAGCGCCGUGCCGCCACCGGCGCACGCAAUAUGAAGAAGCCGUGCUGUCUUGUACCUUCCUCCCCCGACUUCAUCACGCUACCAGACCUGGUGACGCUGCUACAUCUGCAGCUCGUGCCGUUCCUGACACCACACGACCUCUCGCGCAUGCUGCGCUGCCUCUCACGCCUCCUCAAGCCUGAGUUGAGUGAGUCUCUCGCCACUUUCGGCCUCAAAAUCUUCUACGAGCGAGACUCCGUACAUUUCGGCCAGAAAUGCUGCUCAGACUGGCAUCAGCUUGUCCCGGAGGAAGCCGAGGGCGGCGAGGGCAUGUGUAUCGAGUGCUUCCCCGACGCACCGAAAGAUCUACCGCUCCCUCGCCUGCGCAACGCCCGCGUGCAUCUCCUCGAGGCCAUGUGUCUAGCAGAUGACGGAUUUACUCUCGUGUGUGAUGGAGUGCUUCAGAUGCACUACGGACAGUACGCUAGUCCUCGAUUUGGGUCCAUGCAGCCCGUGGUCUUCUCGCUGGCUGAAGCUAUAGAGAGGCAGCGAGAGGAGAAGCCGACAAAAAGCAGGAGCACGGGGACGAUCCAGACCGACGAGAUCGACACAGAUGACGUGGAACAGUUGACAAGACUCCUGGAUACAGUGCAAAUGGGGGUCGGAACGCAGUUUUUCAGCGGCAGGAAGCAGCACUGCACUCCCGGGAACGCCGUUGAAGCGCAUUGGCGCAAUAUCGCGGUGGAUCUUGAAACGGGAACCACAAUCUGUCGCUAUUGCCAGCUCAUUGUAGAGCACUCGUCCAAGCAUCGAUGUGAGAGAUGCACGUUAGUCUUCGCUCGGCUCCUGCAACAACACUGUGCAGCGUUGUAUCAGCCGCUGAAGCUGUUCAUGCUCCGAAAUCUGAAGCACGUCCGAUACGUGAAGCCAUGUCGGGGCUGGAAUUGCACCAACAAUGACUUUCAAGGAGACUACCUGAUGGAUUUGAUUGCAGGAUUCACGCCCGCUGGAGUGCUGUGCGGCGUUUACCUGACGGAUCUUCGCAUUUUGCCCAGAAUGAUCAGCGACCGACUUGCUUUAGGAGCUUUUAAACCGGUCAUAGAGCGCAGACCCGUGCAACGUGCAGAAGAGUGA